CAUGGAAACACAUUUGACAAGCGCUAACUGCCAAAACAUAUAAUUAAAAACUACUGUAAAUAUUUGUUUAUCUGUUUUAAAAAAGUGCAUAUAAUCAACAAAGGAACAAAUAGGAAUAUACAAUUGAAAUAUUGAAUGUUAAUUUGUUCAAAUGUGUCAUGCUCAAUAGAUUACAAGAAUUAUUACAUUGUUAAAAGUUAUUCACCAUAAUUGUAUAAAAGAAGAUUAAGAAAUAUGGUGAGAGGCCUGCAGGAGAAGCAGUAUCAGUUGGCAGCUCAAAAACGACAUGAGGCAAAUCUCAAACAUAAUUAUUACAAGGAAACAGUUAAAUUUUUUGCCCGUGAAAAUGAAAAUAACAAACAGUUCAAUUCUUGGUGCUCCAAUGAAAUAUCACCUUGUCUUGAAAAAUCAUUAAAAGCUCAACAAUUAAGUCAACGUCAAUUACAACUAAAAUCAAUAUUUCAAAAAGAACAAGAACAAUAUGAAAAAGAAUUAUUGGAAUUAAAAUCACAGAAAAAUCAACAACAAGACUAUUCUAUUAAAGCUCUUGAACAUAAAUUAAAGGAAAAAAAAGCUGAACAAAGUUUGUAUUUACCUAAAGAUUGUCGUCGAUUUCAAUCCUACUUUUAUAAUACUAGAUCACCUAGUCAAUCGUUAUUUAAUAAAAAAAUAUCAAAUUCAGAAAUUAUUUUCAACGAUUCAUGUUCAGAUAAUAGUGGUUCUUCAAAGGAAAAAUAUAAUCAAUCUCCAGAGAAAUCUCUUUCGAGUAUAUUCGAUAAUUCUACAAAUAUAAAAACUCAUCAAGCUAUGUAUCAAUCACAACUUUUAGGCUCUGGAAUUAAACAAGCAUUAUAUGAUAAUACAAUAGAAAAACCUAUUCAAAAAUUUUUUACAAAACCUUCUUGCAAAAGUCUUGAAGAAACAAAUAUUCGAAGUUCGAACGAAAGCUCAAUGUCCACAAGAUCCUCAAAUUGUAGGACACCAUUAUCUUCAAAUGAAGAAACAAGAAUAAAUAAUUAUGACGAUAUUAAUCGUUCAAGGGAAUUUAUAACAAGUCCUCAGGAAAUUUCCGAUAAAAAUCAAACAGAAAAAUUACAAACUUAUGUAAAUAAUCCAAAGUUAAGUAGUAAAAAUUCAGAUAUAAUUUUCUCUAAAGAAAAUUCUCAAAUGAAAGAUAGAAAUAUUUUUUUCGACAAUAGUAGAGAAAAUUUAUCGAUAAGAGAAAAUCCCAAAUAUAAAAAUCUAACAGUGCAAAUGUUUCGUUAUCUUGCAAAUAAAGAUUUACAAGAACAAAUUUUAAAUUUAUCAAAAAGAGAGUAUCAAGCUUGUAGAAAGCAAUGGUGGACACAAGCAUUGAGACUCAGAGAAAUGAAGAAUAAAUUGGAAUUAAUUAGAGAACAAAAUAUGUAUAAUACUUUAUUUUCACAUAUGGAUAGAAAUACUAAAAAAAAUGAAAGACAUAAAAUUACUGAAAAAUCAACAAUUAUCUCUGAGAGAGAAAAAAUAUGUAAAAAUUCAAGUGUUUAUGAUGAAGAUGCAAAAAUUCUUUGGAAACAAUGGAUUCAUGAAGAUGAGCUUACUGAUGAUAAAUUAGAUUCCUCUCAAUCAAGAGAAAUUUUACUUGAAGAAUUAGAAAAGGAAUGGAAAAAUUUAAAUCAAAAGGAUAAAAAACGAAUUGAUGAUUUCUAUCAAAAUAUUCUUUUUAAAUCAGAAAUACAAGAUGAAUAUAAUCUUGCUGAAGAUAUAAGAGCGGUAGAUAUUUAAAAAAUUUUACAAGACUUAUUUAUAGAAAAAAAAAAAAAAAAUAAAAACAAAAUCUUAUAAGGAAUUUUGUUUAAAAUAUAUA